AUGAUGUACGGAUUGGAGACUUGGGCAGCGCCGGCGACGAUGACGGAAAAGCUUGGCUGCGUGGAGAGGAAGCUGUUUAGACGACUGCUAGGCUACUUUUGGCCGCUGGUAUGUCAUGACGUAGAACUCUGCUUCGAAGUUGACAUAGUGUAUCGGCGAAUGACAUGUGGAAAACGUCAACAUCUUGCUCGGAAUUCUGAAGUAGUCAUGGAAAACCGUCUUCUCUUUUUUGGUCACGUUAUAAGGAGACCGUUUGAUCAUCUUGUCCAAGUGGUCUUGAGGAUGCUUCCAAAUCCUAAUUGGAAAAGGCUGCCUGGUCGUAAAAGAAGGUUCUGGACGGAGGUGGUGAAGAAAGAUCACUCGGCGUUGACAAGCAGUGCAGUCGAGACGUGA